UUGUUUGAAUUUGCGGUAUUACUUGGCCACACUGUUUCCUUGUUAUCAUUUCAUUUCACAAUUGGUUUACGGAAUUCUAACUAUAGCUAAGAGCCAUGCAGGCACCUCCUCCGGAACACUGUCCUGGCUUGGAAAGCGAGCAGGCGGGCAAGGCCAGCGCCUGUGCGGGCUGCCCCAACCAAGGAGUAUGCAGCGAUCCCAACAAGAAACUCGAAGAUCCCGGCAAGGCCUUGGUGGUCGAAUCCAUGAAAGAUGUCAAGCACAAGCUGCUGAUCCUGUCCGGAAAAGGAGGCGUGGGCAAGAGCACGGUGACCAGCUUGCUAACCCGCUAUCUGGCCAGGAGUAAUCCGGACAGCAACUUCGGCGUCCUUGAUAUCGACAUUUGCGGUCCAUCGCAACCGCGGUUGAUGGGCGCCUUGGGGGAGAGUGUCCACCAGUCCGGGUACGGUUGGUCACCAGUGGGAAUCGAAGACAAUGUGUGUCUGAUGUCCAUCGGAUUUCUUCUGGGCUCGGUGGAUGAUGCCAUUAUUUGGCGAGGCCCCAAAAAGAAUGGCAUGAUCAGGCAGUUCUUGAGCGAGGUGGACUGGGGAAAUCUGGAUCUCCUGCUGUUGGACACACCGCCUGGCACAUCCGAUGAGCACCUGUCCGUUGUUUCCUACCUGAAAGACGACACUAACCCGGAGUCCCUGUGCGCCGUGAUGGUGACCACCCCACAGGAGGUGUCACUGCUGGAUGUGCGCAAGGAGAUAAACUUUUGUAAAAAGCAAAAUAUCCCCAUUGUGGGCGUGAUCGAGAAUAUGAGCAGUUUCCGUUGCGGCAAUUGUGGAAAUAGCUCCGAAAUCUUUCCAGCCAAAACAGGAGGAGCUGCUGCCAUGUGCGCUGAAAUGGGAAUCCCGCUGUUGGGCUCUCUGCCCCUGGAUCAACAGAUAGCCAAAGCUUGCGAUUCUGGCGAGGACAUAACGGAGUUUAAAAACGUCACCACUGAGGCGCUGGACGGGAUUUGCUCAAAGAUUAUUGCUAGUUUUAGUUAGGAAUGUAAUGAAACCACUCAGUUUUGUAAUAAAGAAAAAUGCCUGUUUUAA